CAGAUUAGGCUUUGGAUGAGGCGCGCCAAAACCACACCAUGGCUCUUCCUUUAUCAGCUUCCAUCUUCUCUUCAUCCCUUCCCUUUCCUCAACUCUCUACCCGCUUCUCUCUCCCCACCAAUCCACACCGCAAAUUCAAUCGCAUUCUCGCGAUUAAGGCUUAUGGCCCCACGGAGACAGUGAAUGGACAAGAUUAUUUCCCCGACCUAAAGACAUGGGUACAAAUUGGAAGGAAGCCGUUUGAGAAAUCUUUUGCUGUCAUCGUCCUCUUUCUCCAACUGACAUCACCAAUACCCUCGAUAUUACAUGAUUAUUGGCUCAUUCCUCCAGCUCAAGCGGUACUCUAUUCCCCGGAGACAAAAAUUCCUCGGACUGGAGAACUGGCUUUGAGAAGAGCUAUUCCUGCUAACAAAGAUAUGAAAGCUAUACAGGAUUCUCUGGAGGAUAUAUCAUACUUGCUAAGGAUUCCACAAAGGAAGCCAUUUGGAACAAUGGAGGGAAACGUCAAGAAAGCUUUAAAGAUUGCUGUAGAUGAAAAGGAAGCUAUUCUUUCUAGCAUGCCUGCUGAAUUUAGAGAAAAUGGUUCACUUCUUUAUGCAUCUCUAACCGAUGGACAGGCUGGGCUGAAAAACCUUCUUCAGUACAUCAAGGAUAAAGACCCAGACAAGGUAUCAGUUGGCCUGGCAAAUACGCUGGAUACUGUUGCACAGUUGGAGUUGCUACAGGCUCCAGGAUUAUCAUUUUUGUUGCCUGAGCAAUACAAAAACUACCCAAGGCUUACAGGGAGAGCAAUAGUUGAAUUUGCUAUUGAGAAAGGAGAUGGCUCGACGUUUUCUCCAGCUGCUGGCCAACCCAGAAACACUGCUAUACUUCAGGUUGUUGUAGAUGGAUACUCAGCGCCUCUUACAGCAGGGAACUUUGCUAAACUGGUGGUUGAAGGGGCAUACGAUGGUAUGAAACUAAAUUGCACUGACCAAGCUAUCCUCUCGGACAGCAAGCUAGGAAAAGACAAGGGAUACGUAGUCCCCCUCGAGAUAAUGCCAUCUGGGCAAUUCGAGCCACUCUAUAAAACGACUCUAAGUGUCCAGGACGGGGAGCUGCCUGUGCUUCCACUAUCAGUUUAUGGAGCAGUGGUCAUGGCUCAUAAUCCAGACUCCGAGGAGUAUUCUUCACCGAACCAGUUUUUCUUCUAUCUUUAUGACAAGAGAAAUGCUGGCCUUGGAGGGCUAUCCUUCGACGAAGGCCAAUUUUCUGUUUUUGGUUACACGACCAUGGGGCGAGAAACACUAUCUGAGAUCAAGACAGGGGAUGUGAUCCGAUCUGCAAAGUUGGUAGAAGGCCAGGAUCGCCUCUUUCUGCCUAAACAAGGUUAAAAAUGCCCAUUUCUUUUUCUUUUUUAUUUUCCCAAAUGAAGAUAGAAAUUCUCCAACAUGCUUGCUAGUGUUGCCUGUUUUAAGUAGUUCCAAAUCAGCAGGAGAAAUUAUUAUUUGUAUCUAUCAAGAUGUCAUUUCUGUUGGUUGGAAUCUUUGUAUAUGUAGCAUUUGCAAACAAGAUUCUUGACAAGAAAAAUACAUGUGCGUUUGCCUUCCAAACACAGCAUGUUAUUAUGCA